CAUCCUUUGGCAAGUCACAACUGAAACCUCUUCUACCUUUACUACAAAGCAUUCCAGAUGAAUUCUUUCUUUUGGCAAGAAAUUCCAUGUUAACCUUAACCACAGGUGACCAUUUGAGGAUGCUGAUGGAUAAUGUAGUGAAGGGCAUUCCUCUGGGACAAUCUGUUGUUGGAAAGCUGUCACAGGAUAUUGUUGCUGCAUUAUCUAACCCCUCUGUAAAUGCAAAUCAGCAUAUAUACCUCUUUUCCUGUGUUUUAGAGUGCAUUAUACAUCUUUCUUUAGUUCAUAUUAAGAAGAAAUUCUGAUUUUCAUUUACAUGCUGCAAAUUGUAGAAAGAUAAAUGAUGAUUUUAAGUCACAGGUUCUGGUUGAAAUCUUACCCAAAGAAUUGCUCGAAUAGAAGCUACAAAUGCUGAAAUCUGCUUCUGCAUAUUCCAACUCUCAUCUCCAUGCCACAAAAGCUGAAGUGCUAUUACUUUGCAGUGGAAGAGAUCAAUUGUUUCCAAGUGAAGAGGAAGGUGAAAGACUACGCCAUGCACUCCCAAAUUGUGAGAUUGGAAGGUGGUACUGAUUUGGUAACAAUCAUCAAGGGAACUAGCUUUAAUCGUUGUGGAAAAUACCAUGACUAUUUUCAGAUUACAUGCCACCUACACUUCCUGAAUUCUAGAAGUUAUAUGAAUCAAAUAGAUGGUUAAAUGCUGCUCUUAGCUCUGUGAUGCUCUCAACUACCAAGGAUGGGAAGGUGGUGAAGGGCCUUGCCGGGGUUCCAUUGGAGGGAACUGUCCUGUACGUUGGUUAUCACAUGUUACUGGGACUAGAAGUUAUUCCCUUGGUAUCUGAAUUUCUUACUCAGAGAAAUAUCCUCUUGCGAGGGAUAGCACAUCCAUUGCUGUUUGAAAGAUUGAGAGAAGCCUGUUGUUCCCUGGAGGGGUGGGCGCUGCUCUUCACAGGAAGAAAAGUCCAAGGGUUUGUGAGGAUGGCUGCUAGAUUUGGAGCCAAAGUAGUAGCAUUUGUUGUUGUUGGAGCAGAUGAUUUUGCUGAAGUAAUUUUUUAUUAUAGUGAUCAAACGAAGAUACCUUACUUUAGGGAUUUUAUAGAAGAUUUGACAGAAGAGGCUGUGUUAUUGAGGAAUGAAGGAGAUGGCGAGGUGUCAAACCAACAACUUUACCAACCAUGACUGGCACCAAGGUUUCCAGGAAUAUAUUAUUUUGAUUUUGGGAAACCAACUGAAACCCAAGGAAGAAAGCAAGAACUGAAAGAUAGGGAGAAAUGUUAUCAACUGUAUUUACAUAGAUGCAUUGCUUACUUGAAGCAGAAAAGAGAAGAAGAUCCAUACAGGAAUAUUGUACCCCGGCUAAUGAACCAGGCCACACAUGGUUCCAACUCUCAAGCUCCUUCCUGUGACCUUUAAUCAAUCUUGUUAUUGAGUGGUGUUGAAUCCCCUGGGAGUAACUUAACAAGUAUUUGUAUAACUUGACACUGAUUAAAACUUUAAUAUGCAU